CACUUUGCACACACUAUUAACUACACACCGCGUGCCACUAUGGUACUCCUAAUCUCAUGCAUCUUUAUUCAUUUAUGGAGAUCCUCAUGGUGUUGGUGGUUUCUCUUGUUCACACAGUGGAGGUGUGCAGGGGAAGAGAACUAACAGGAUGUCAGAGAUUCAGCUCCAUCAACCCUGUCAGCAACUAUCAGCACAUGAGGCUGCACAGGCGCAUUCUGGGACAUCUAUCUGCAGUGUACUGUAUUGCAUUCGACCGUGCCGGCCUCAGGAUCUUCACUGGCUCAGACGACUGCCUGGUCAAAAUCUGGUCGUCCUUCGACGGGAGUCUCCACUCCACGCUGCGCGGACACUCUGCAGAGAUCACAGACCUGGCGGUCAGCUACGAGAACACACUGAUCGCAGCGGGCAGCUGUGACAAGACCAUCCGCGUAUGGUGCCUUCGUACCUGUGCCCCUGUGGCCGUGCUCCAGGGGCACAGUGGAUCAAUUACCUCCCUACAGUUCUCACCAUAUGCCAAGGGCUCAAAUUACAUGCUUUCUACUGGAACUGAUGCUACUGUCUGUUUCUGGCAGUGGGAUGUCAAUAAUAUCAACUUUAGGUAAGUGCCUUGAGCAUAUUUAUAGAGACCAAGGCCGGGAGUACAGACCGUGUGCUCCUCAUUCAGUCCAGGUGGUAUGUUCUUGGCAACGGGCAGUACAGACGAUGUCAUCAGAAUAUACUUUUUGGGAUGUGGGAAUCCCGAGAAAGUGUCGGAGCUCCACGAGCACACCGACAAAGUGGACAGCAUCCAGUUCUGCCACUCGUCAGAAAGGUUCGUGAGCGGGAGUCGGGAUGGAACGGCGCGGGUCUGGAGGCUCCACCACCGGCAGCAGUGGAGAUGCAUUCUGCUGAACAUGUCAGACACUCUUCCAGGUGCUGAUGCGACCACCGGAGAGGACAUGUACUUCAAGCCCAAGGUCACCAUGGUGGCUUGGGAUCGCCAUGACAACACGGUCAUCACGGCCGUCAACAACCACAUCCUCAAAGUGUGGAACUCCUACACGGGGCAGCUGCUACACAUCUUAAAGGGCCACGAGGCGGAGGUGUUUGUCCUGGAGCCCCAUCCCUUUGACCCCCGGAUCAUCCUCUCCGCCGGCCACGACGGCAGUGUCUUCAUCUGGGACCUGCAACGAGGAGUCAAGACGCAGCAUUACUUCAACAUGAUUGAGGGCCAGGGUCAUGGAGCUGUGUUCGACUGUAAGUUCACCCCCGACGGCCAGCGUUUCGCCUGCACAGACUCCCACGGCCACCUGCUCAUCUUCGGCUUUGGUAGUUCCAAGCCCUACGAGAAGCUUCCAGAGCAGGUGUUCUUCCACACGGACUACCGGCCGCUGAUCAGAGACGCCAACGGCUUUGUGCUGGACGAGCAGACCCAGCAGGCGCCCCAGAUCCCGCCCUUCUUGGUGGACGUCGAUGGGAAUCCGCACCCGCCCAGGUUCCAGCGGCUUGUCCCAGGGAGAGAGAACAUCUCGGCCGAUCUGGUGCCCCAGUUGGGCUACGUCGCCACCAGUGACGGCGAGGUGGUGGAGCAGGUCAUCAGCCAGCAGACCUCGGAUCACGAGGAGACAGCGGCGCGACGCAGCGCCCUCGAUGAGGCCAUCCGCCAGCUGCAGCAGCAGCAGGACCAGGCCGGGGGCACGGGGGGUACGGGUGGCGCUGGUGGUGGAGCCCAGGUGGUGGGACCGGCGGCGGCGGUGAGGCAGGCCGCAGUAUCUGAUGACCAGGCUCUGAUGCCUGCCCCGGCUGCCCCGAACACGCCACGCAGAGCGUCGGUGAACGACCGUGCCGAUGUGCAGUCGCCGCCCAACGUGGGCCUGCGUCGCAGCGGGCAGGUGGAGGGCGUCCGCCAGAUGCACCAGAACGCCCCGCGCAGCCAGAUGGCCACGGAGAGGGACCUGCAGGCCUGGAGGCACCGCGUGGUGGUGCCUGAGCUCCAGCCCAGUGGCUACAGGGAACAGGACGACUUCAGGACAGCCAAAGGAGAAGAGAUUGGCUUGUACAACGCCAGGAAGAGAAGGGUGGCCUACGGCAGCUUUCGGGACGACUCUGAGGAAGAGCUGCCCUCUGUGAAGCGAGCGCAGGCCCGCAAGAAGCAGAGGCACCAGGCAAUCUUCGGCUCUGACAGUCCCGACCGAGUGGAGGCCUUCCUGGACCUGUCCUGCGAGGAAGGAGAGGAGACCGCCAGCUCAGAGGAAAAUGAAUUUGAUGGCAGUGCACUGGAUACAUCAAAUGACGAGGAGGAAUGGCACAGCGAGAGCCCAAGCCACACGUCCAGCGACUACUCUGACUGGACGGCAGACGCCGGGAUCAACCUGCAGCCCUCGACUCCCUUGUCGUCACGGAAACGGGCACGCCGGCCGCUGAGCAGCUCGGAGGAGGAGGAGGACGCAGCAGCGGCGGAGGACGAGGAGGAGAAACGGCAGAGCGAUGAGGAGUCAUCUGGAGUGAAGAAGAGCAAACAGAAGGCCAGGAAGCCCAAAAGCAAGGCGCCAAGGCGCCCUAAACCCAGGCCAUCGAUUAACCGAGAGGUGUCCAACGAGUUCAGACCCUCCCUGUGGAUCACUGACGUCAUUCCCCGGAAGUCUCCCUUUGUCCCCCAAAUGGGAGACGAGGUGAUCUACUUCCGACAGGGCCACGAGGCUUAUGUGGAAGCGGUGAGCCGCAACGCAUUGUACCCUAUUAACCUGGAGAAGCAGCCCUGGAAGAAGAUGGUGCUCCGGGACCAAGAGUUUGUGAAGAUCACAGGGAUCAAAUAUGAAGUGUGUCCUCCGACGCUCUGCUGUUUAAAGCUCACUCUGAUUGACCACGGCACAGGAAUCACAGACAAGUCCUUCUCUGGCAAGUAUCAUGACAGGCCGGAUGUGAUCGAUUUCCUUGUGCUGAGGCAGAACUAUGACGAAGCCCGGAGAACCACUGGAAACCAGGUGAGUGACCGCUUCCGCUCUGUGAUUGAUGACGCCUGGUGGUUCGGGUCCAUAGUGUGUCAGGAGCCUUAUCAGCCCCCUAACCCAGACAGCCACUUCCAGUGCUUUAAAAGUAAAUGGGACAAUGGAGAUACGGAGAAGCUGAGCCCUUGGGAUAUCGAGCGGAUCUCUGACAUUGCUAUCCUUUCUUUUGGUUUCCAUCGUAUAGACCAGCGGCCAGAGACGGACGGCGGGGGCAUCCCCGUGACGGCAGAGGAGAUGAGCGAGCUCAUGUACAAGCCCCUCGAUGGGGAGUGGGGCGACCGCUGCAGGGAUGAAGAGUGCGAGCGCAUCAUCGCCGCCAUUGACCAGCUCAUCACUGUCGAGAUCGCCGCUCCCUUCUCGGGCCCGGUGGACAUCGUUCAGUACCCCACCUACUGCACUGUGAUCGCCUACCCCACCGACCUGGGCACCAUCCGGCUGCGGCUCAUCAACAGGUUCUACAGACGGCUCUCGGCGUUGAUUUGGGAUGCACGGUACAUCGCACACAACGCCCGCACCUUCAACGAGCCGCGAAGCAAGAUCGCCCAUUCGCUAAAACUCAUCACCAAUGUCCUCCAAAAGUUUGUCAAUGACCAAAGUUGCACAGAUAUCAUGGAGAUUUACAAUGCAGUGGAGGAAAUGGAUGAUGACGAUGAGGAUGAUGAAGCAGAGGCACCAGGCACUUCGACCGGUCAUAGGUUGCGUCAGCGCUCGGAGGAGGUGCUGCCGGACCGAGAUGCCUGGAAGGGACAGUGCAAGAGUCUGAUCAACUACAUCUUCGACUGUGAGGACUCUGAGCCCUUCAGACAGCCCGUCAACCCCAACAACUAUCCAGACUACCUGGAUAUCAUCCAUGCCCCCAUGGACUUCGGCACAGUAAAGAGGGUCCUUGAGGACGACCGCUACGACAACCCCAUCGAGCUCUGCAAGGACACGCGGCUCAUCUUUGCCAACGCCAGAGCCUACACGCCGAACAAGCGAUCCAAGAUCUACAGCAUGACCCUGCGUCUGUCGGCCUUCUUCGAGGAGCGCAUCAGGAGGAUCCUUUCGGAGUACAAGACGGCGGUGAAGAGCAGCGAGAGGCUGCGCCGCAGCCAGCGCUUCAGGAAGAAGAUGCAGCAGGGAGAGCCAUCGGGCGUCGGCGCCUCAAGCAGUCAGAAGAGGGCUGCCGUGAAAACUCAGGAAAAAGUGGAGUCGAUGUCUGUGACCAAACCUACCUCAACCAAAGUGUCGGCUCCGGAGAGAGCAAGGAGGCGGAGCCGCAACUCGUCCUCGGACUCCAAAGCAGCGUCUUCGUCACCAGCCUCUGAAAGUGAGUCAGAGGAGGAGAAGCGACCUGGGUCGGCCAGACGCCAGAGAGAGACCAGGGGGAAGGCGCGCGACAGAAGGAUACCCACCAGGAAAAGAGUUGCAGAUAGCGAGAGUGAGGAGGAGGAGGAGGAGGAGGAAGCCGCCUUCUCCAGUGAACCCGAGGAGAGUGAAGAUGGCGACAGGGUGGCUUCGUCCAACUCCUCCCGUCGCCGCUAUCCCAGCAGGUCGAAGACCAGCAAGAGUACACGUUUGACCAGGACCAGCACUGCCCCCGACCGAAGAAGACCAGCAGCCAGGACUCCUAUGAACGGCCACGCUGCCAGGUCAUCUCGCCGGGAAAAGUCCCGUCGGCAUGACGACGACAGCCAAGCGUCGUCCCAGGAUGAGGAUGAAGAGGAGGAGAAGGAGGAGCUGGGGGAUCAUGCAGGCCACCGUUUUCUGAAGAGAAAGACGGCCCGUGCUGCCAUCAACAAGAUGAAGCUCCUGGACGCCUCAGACGAGGACUACGAAGAGGAGGAGAAGGAGGCGAAGAAGCUAAAGAGGAGCAGUGGUAGCCGCCUGCGACAGACCCCCCGGAUCAGCAAGCGCACCGCCGUCAUCCAGAGCGACUCGGACUCUGAGGACGUAUCCUCUGCACAGGCUUCUCAAACCAAAGAGGAGUCGACGGCCGACUCCAAGGACGAGGAGAGCGACGCCAGCGCGUCCCCAAAACCCCAGCAGAACGGGGACGACAGUCCCAGUAAACACAAGGCAAAGAAGCAAGCAUCCAGGACAGAAGGAAGAGAAGACUCAUCCCAAGUAAACGGUCACAGUGCAAAACCUCAGAAGGCCGACAGUGAUUCUGACCAGCAUGAUGAGGGUUCCAGUGAGGAGGAGGAGGAGUCCAAAGCAGUGGCGGCCUUGUCUCGGACGCAUUCCAAGGUCAAUGCAGCAGCAUCAGCCAGGAGAAGUAAGGUCACUCCGGUUGCAAGCGAGGAGGACGAGGUAGCGGAUACUAAGAGCAGGCCGGUGCGACGCAGGCCCGCUGUGGACUCUGACUCUGAAGACGAGGACUACGUUCCCGAGAAGAACCCGUUUCAGCAAAACGGGAGACGAGCGGCACGGAGGACCAAGGGGACACAUCCGGCGGGAAGACACACCCGUGCGCAAGUCCUCAAGGAUCUCCCCGAUGAAAUUACACGGAAGGCACGUUCUAAGAGGAGGCGCACCUCGGACACCUCGGACUCGGAAGACGGAGACAAAGAUCAGUCGGCCAAGACGAAUAGGAACUCCAAGGAGAUCAGUGCAAAGUCAGGCUCCUCAAAGUCCUCAAAGCCACCUCAAAGGGAGUCUCGUGGGAAACCCAAACCGGAACCCAUUAGCAGUCAGGAAGAGGCCUCCUCUCAAUCGGCUUCGGACGACGAGAAGGACGCAGCCGCCAGCCGCUCGCGGCGAGGGAAAAAGGAUGUGCUGCGGCCGAAAUGCAAGCGGGAGGACGGCUACAGAAGCAACAGCUCCGCCUUGGAGAGCGAGGAGCAGUCCUCCUCCUCAGAACACUCGGUGAGUUCAGGGUCCCACGGCAGCAGCAGCCCCAAGAGGAAGGGCCACAGACGACCGGCCGGAGGCAGCAAGAGGAUGCCGCGCCGGCCGUUGAGGGAGCCAAGCCGAAGGGCCGCCGCCAGGAGGGAGGCGGAGAGCGAUGAGUCGUCCAGCAAUCCACUGCGACGGACUAACGUCACCACGCGGAACCGCGGCAGGCAGAUGGUCACCUACAACGACAGCGAGUGACGAUUGGGCUCUGGGCGCAAGAGGAAAAAGGACACUAACUGGAGAUCUUGAAGACACUUGAUGGACGCGAAACGGUAGUAGCACUGGAGUCCUCUAGAAAUUACUGUGAAUUUGUUUUCAUUCAGGGAUAUUUAUAAUUUCUAUGAAAAAGAAAAAAACGAAAAACAAAACUUGUUUAUAAAUGCAAAAAGCAAUUGAACCAUUUGAACUGCUGCUGGUUUUCACAAGGACCCAGAGCAAGUCCUCCUCCUCCCAUGAUGCUUUUUGUGAUUUAGCCAGCAGGGGUAACCAUUCUGAGGAAUAUUGUCCGCUUGGGUGCUAUCUAAUAUACCUCUGUUUAAUCAAGCAUAUUGCUGGCUUGCACUAAGAUACACUGUAAUGAGGUAUUUCAUACACUAGUUUUGCAUUAGAAACUCAGGGGUCAACUUAGUUUACUGUAGUCUCAGACUUGCAGUUUUUUUUUUUUUGUAAAGUGACUGGCAAGAGGAAGGACAAGAAGCGGGUGUUAAGAAGGGAGAUGUCCAAGCACAUUCACUGGGACAACAAUGACUCACAACCUUGACUACAGCACUCCUUUGUAUACCCACAAAACAUGUUUGCUUGAUGUUAUUGUGUUCAUUCAUAUGAGCCAAAAUGUACAAUAAUUGAGUUCUAGUUUUCCCUAAAUUUGAGUACAUUUUGUCAUGUUCCAGUCAAUAAAUGUAUAUGAGAUUGAGA